AUGUCCGGUCUGUUGGCUUCACGAAGCGCAGGAGGUGCGCCUCUAUGCACCUCCACCUCUCCCUACGCUCCCUCAGCUCUAGCAUGGCUUUCCAAAGAUCCCGACCAGCGCACACGAGAUCAGCUCGAGUCUCUUCUCGCGCGUGACGAUGCAGAUUCGCACGCUGAGCUCCAAAUGGCUUUCAAAGAAAGGCUGGCCUUCGGAACGGCAGGUCUGAGAGGUAUCGUGGGACCAGGACCUGGUAGGAUGAACCUGCUCGUUGUUCAAGAGACCACUUUGGGUCUCGCGAGGUUCGUCAAGGAAGAGUAUGGAGAGGAUGCAGCGAGAAAUCAGGGAGUUGUCGUGGCAUACGACGGAAGAUUGGAUUCGGAAUCCUUUGCAGCUUCGGCCGCUUGCGUCUUGGCUGCUCAAGGUAUCACCGUUCACCUCUUCAUGCAGAAAGCUCCAACGCCGCUUUGUGGUUUCGCCGUUCGGAAACUGCACGCGAGGGCAGGCAUCGUCGUUACCGCUUCUCACAAUCCGCCAGAGUAUAAUGGUUACAAGGUUUACAGAGCUGGUGGUACGCAGAUCAACACGCCCAUGGAUGAUCAGAUUGCCAGGCACAUCGACGAGGUGGCCAAAGAGACUAGAGCUCCCCUCUCCAUAGACCUGUUGCAGGCUGUGCAGAAAGGCUUCAUUCGCUGGCUAGAGCCGAGCAUCUUUGAUGAGUACGCGCAGGCCAUCUUGGACCGCACAUCGGCACCUUUAUCACCGGCACCUCUCCAACCAAAGGACUUUAAAGUAGCCUACACGCCCCUCCACGGCGUGGGCGCUCCUGUGGGCGAAGAGCUGUUGAAGAGGCGUGGGUACGCCUUCUUCACUGUGCCAGAGCAGCGGGAGCCGGAUGGACACUUUCCCACUGUCAAGUUCCCAAACCCAGAGGAAUCGGGAGCGAUGGACAAAGUGAUUGCGCUCGCCAACCAGCAAGGAUGCGAGAUUGCCAUCGCCAACGACCCGGAUGCGGACAGGUUGAGCGUUUGCGCUCGCAACAAGUCGAGAUCGAUGAUUCAGCUUUCUGGCGACGAUAUCGGAUCUUUGCUGGGCGAUGCAUUGCUUCGGCGAGCGGAGAAGAGAGGGGCUGAACGAGGCUCGGACCUCAGCAAAUCUUGGGUGCUCAAUACCAUCGUCAGUUCGAGAUUGUUGGCUCGUCUAGCUCUCAAGUAUGGCGCUUCGCACAGGGAAACUCCGACGGGUUUCAAAUGGCUCGGACCAGCCGCGUCGCAACUUGAAGAAGCAGGCGACGAAUUCUUGUUUGCUUACGAAGAGGCUUUGGGAUACAUGGUGCUGAAUCUGGUGUGGGACAAGGAUGGUCUUUCUGCGCUGCUUUUGCUGGCCGAUUUGGCAUUCGAGCUUCGGCAGGAGGGCAAGACGCUGUUGGAUAGGUUGGAAGAGGUGCACAGAUCAGUGGGAUUGGCCGUCAAUACGCAGAGGACCAUUCGCUUGACGCCUGGAAUGAGCGGUGCAGAGGUGAUGAAGAGGAUCAGGAGCAACUUGCCAAGCAGAUUGGGCGAGCACGAGGUGCUGCUGAUCGAGGAUCUGAAAGAUGCGCCAAAGGCGCAGGAUUGCAAAGAGGGACAAAUGCCGAGCAGCGACGUGGUGAGGUUUUACUUUGAGACGCCCGACAUCAAGAGGGGUACGGCGAGCUUGGAGGAGAUCAGAUUGGGAGCGCCUAGAAUACAAGUCCGGCCGAGCGGUACGGAACCAAAGGUCAAGAUAUACUGCGAAUCUGCUUUGAGUCCUUUACAUCCCGACGCAGAGUAUGCUACGGAACGGGUUCGUAUUGCGAAUCAACUAGAAGACAUUGUCAAUGUAACCUUUGACUUUCUGCGAGGAUAG